AUGGAUCUCCCAUCACUUGAAACACUUGCUGCUAUGGAUGCUGAAAACGAGUACAUAGAGGUGCAGUCGAAAGGUGAAGAAGAAUCUCAUGAGCAAACACUAAGUGUCACUCAGCCAUUUAAACCGGUACGUAAAAGACGUAGGGCUAAGUGUUGGGUAGAUUUUACUCAUCUAGGACUAGAGGAUGAUGGAAAAGUAAGAGCUAGAUGUAAUCAUUGUGGUUUUAAGUUCGUAGUAGAGAAAAACCAUGGAACAUCUACACUAAACCGCCAUUCAACCAAAUGCCCUGCUAAGCCUAGGCCUGAUGCUCCUAAAUAUGAUCACAAAGCGGAUAGAGAGAAGAUGUCUGAGAUAAUUAUAUAUCAUGACUUACCUUUUAAGUACGUUGAAUACGAAAAAGUAAGGGAAAGAGAUAGAUUUCUUAACCCUGAUGUUCAGCAUAUCUGUAGACAAACUGCAGCAGCAGAUGUCUACAAGAGAUAUGAGAUAGAAAAAGCUAAGUUGAUAGAGGUUUUGGUGAAACACAAGGGUCGAGUGUGUUUUACAGCAAAUUUGUGGACAGCCCGAAGUGUUGUGAUGGGAUAUAUAUGUAUUACUGCGCAUUUCAUUGAUGAGAAUUGGAGGUUGAAUAAUAAAAUUCUAGCAUUUUGUAAUCUGAAACCUCCUCAUAGUGGUGAAGAGAUAGCUAAGGCAGUUUAUGAUUGCUUAAAGGGGUGGGGACUGGAGAAGAAAGUAUUUACUAUCACACUGGAUAAUGCUAAAGCUAAUGAUAGUAUGCUAAAUAUUCUAAAGCAUCGAUAUGGCGAUCUUGCUUCAAUGGCAUCUGAUUUACUGAGCAUACCCAUCACCACUGUUGCAGCUGAGUCAGCUUUCAGUGUUGGAGGAAGAGUCUUGAGUCCUUUCAGAAAUCGAAUUCUUCCCAAAAAUGUGCAAGCACUAAUUGCCACUCGAAAUUGGUUAAGAGGAUUUGAAGAGUUUGAAGGAGAUAUUGAAGAUUACUUCAAUGGUGAAGAUGAUGAAUCUGCAAAAAGUAGUUCAGAAGUUAGAAACUCUAGCACAUGAAGAUCAAUAAAGUCAAGAAUGUAGAGACUAGAGAGUAAAGCUGGUUGCUGCAGUCUUCAACGAGCAAAGAAUACGUGAAAGACCUUGUUUAUUUAGGAAUCACUAAAAUAAAUAAUGACUUGAAACUUGUUUAGUGUUUUGGUUUGUUUCAAACUUUAAAACAUGUUUUGUGACAAAUGACAAUCAAUAAUAUGAAAUUUCUUACUAUUUAUAUGGCUCAAAGCUUUGAUUUAACUUUAUUUGAUCUAACUUUUAUAUGAUAAUUACUAUAAUCAGAAACUAGUUUAUUUGAUAUGUAUUAGUAUAUAAAAUAUAUAAUUUUGUAAGAGAUUACAGUAAAAUGUGUUUACAUAAAAAAAAAAAAUUAAAGGGCUCAAAAAGGGUUAGGAAGGGUUCAACCCUAAUACAAAUAAUAUGAUGGGUUCUAAAAGGGUUAGGGCUCACUUUGGGUUGAGCUUAAACUAAAUAGAGUUGGGUUGGGUUGGGCAACCCAAUACAACAUCCCUAGCUAUAUGCAUCUAGUUUCCUUCGGAAAUUGACAUAUCUUGUUUUAUAUCAUAAUUUAAAUCAAGUAUUAUUUAUAUUUAUAACACGACAACUCUUUUUUUUUGGUAAAUACUCUCUCUGAAUUUA